AGGAAGGGGCUGAGCGGCCGCUGCUCUGGCAACUCGCACCCUUCUGACAGGAAAUGGCGACAGGCUCGGGCUGAAGGCUCUGACCCGCACUCCGGACGCCGGGUUGGGGAUUUUAUUUUAUUUUGAAUUUGUUUCGCAGGCCGAUGAAGAUGAUGCGUGAUGGACUGAAGCUGUGGAGCAAUGGCUCAGAGGCCCACAGCAGUGACCCUGAGGAAGAUGAGGAUGAGGAAGAGAUGUUGUUUGGGGAGAAUGAUGAUGAGUCAGAGGACAUGAUGGACUUGAGUGACCUGCCCACCUCACUGUUCGCCUGUUGUGUACACGAGGCCGUGUUUGAGGAGGACAGGCAGCGGGAGCGUUUCGAGUCACUGUUUCGGAUCUAUGAUGAUCAAACAUCCUUCCAGAUGUUUAAGAGUUUCCGGAGAGUGCGGAUCAGCUUCAGUACGCCAGAGGCCGCUGCACGCGCUCGCAUCGAGCUCCACGAGUCUGAGUUCAACGGCGCCAAACUCAAACUUUAUUUCGCACAGGUGCAGAACUCAGGUGAGGAUGUGGAUAAGGCGUAUCUGGCCCCGCCCCAACCUGUGAAGCAGUUCCUCAUCUCUCCACCCUCUUCCCCACCUGUGGGGUGGAGCCAAAGUGAAGACGCCACCCCUGUCAUCAACUAUGACCUUCUGUGUGCCGUGGCCAAACUGGGCCCAGGUGAGAAAUACGAGCUGCACGCAGGUACAGAUUCGACUCCCAGCGUGGUUGUGCACGUGUGUGAGAGUGAGACGGAGGAAGAAGACGAGGCCCGACCCAAGAUGAAAAUCGUCCAGACACGACGUCCCGACAGCCCUCCGAAAGUCUACAACUAAACCCACCUCUCUGCACGCGUCCUCUGUCUAAAUCUGUCUCUCUCUCUCUCUCAUAUGGAGGCAAAGGCACCCUUCAUUUCAGCUCUAAUUUAAAAAAAGAAAAAACUUAUAAAAUUGAAAAGAAAUUUAGAGGGGAGAGCGAUUCUCGCUCACGAUGGGAAAGGACGGACCGAGUUAGUCUUGACUGGAAGAACUGACACACAGACACGUCACCGUCUCACAGAAAAGCAAAGGUAGCAUGGAAUGGGGGGGUAGGGGGUAAGAAACCUCCUGCAAUCAGAGCACUUUCCAUCCACUCAUUCACACACUCCCGUAGACUCGCACUCGUGUAGCGUUAGAGGAUCAGUAGAAAUCUAAAUGUAUCUAAAUGUAGUCGUAGAUGCUGAAGUAGUGGUUUCAUAUCAGACUUUUUCUUUUGAGCAUUCAGUAACUGAUCAUAAGGAAGAGGAGGAAGGGAAGCAGUGUUUUCUUUUUUGCAGAUUUUGACUCCUGUCACAUAUCUGGUGAUGUGCUGGGUUUGUAUAGUCCACGUGAUCCGGGUGUGUGUGUGUGUGUGUGUUAGUGAUGCAUUAAGAUGCAGAGAGAAAGCGAGACGUUAAUGGUACACACACCUCCUGCAGUUGCUGGCUUCUGGAAGGGUUGGUUGGAAUAUUAUUAUUAUUAUUUUUUUUUUUUACUUAUAAACUUGGAAAUGUUUGUUUACCAAACGAUAUGUGUGUUGUUGUGAUUUAAUAUUGUUCUUUCCAUGUAUUUGAUACCACAAGCAUUCUUUGCAUGUUAACUGCUGUAGCUGAACACGGAGUGUUUUAUACUGAACGACAGAAAUCAAACAAUCCUGAAGUUAGCCUUCAGUGCUAAUCCUGCGGCUGCUCGGGGGUCUCGAAGGCUGUAAAGGCAUUACCAUCGGAGCGAUUGUCUGUAUAUCUGUGUAUAUAGAGCUUUUUCUCUCUUUUUUCUUUUCCUUUUUUUUGUAGAGCUAGCAGCUUCCUGAAAAUAAAAAGAGGAGGAAAUCUUUUGUGCAAUUUUUUUUCCAGUUCUUUGAGUCCUUUCUUAGCACUGUGCUUUCAGUCUGUUUCUGCUCAGCUUGCUUGAUGUUUUAUGAAAUCAGAGAUUUCAACCUGUUUGGGGGUAUUGUCAUUUACAAGAACAAAAAGCAAAAAAGCAUAAACACUCAACUGAUGAAUAGGCGUCACAUAAAAUGCCCUUUAACUUGUAAAAUAAUUAGGAUUUUGUGACGUAAAAAGAGAGUCGUAUGGCGGGAAAGCAGCGUAAAAUUAGUUUGGUGUAGGAAAUGUGGUUUUACCUUGCAGGUGCGUUAUAGGACACAUUGGCUUGUGUAAAUCCUGUAAGACGGUCCUAUGAAGGGUUAAUUUUGCUCACUGUAUCCUCUGUUUGUUCUCUUGAAGCAAACUCUUCAGCCAGCUGCACCAGCACAAUGUUCUUUCAGAAGCUAGUUUAGAUGUAAAUGGACGCCAUGUUUAAAAAAAAAAAAAAGCCUUAACCAAUGGAAGGUUGUUAAAAAAGCCUGUUCAAACUGGACAAUGCAAAAGAACACUUACACCUAAACCUCCACUUUGUUUUCUUUGCAACUUUAGUAGGAUAAUUUCUUCAUAUACAGUACUAAUCAAAAGUUUGUACACCCCUACUCUACUCAUUCAUAGGUUUUUCUAUACUUUGAUUAUUUUCUACAUUGUAGAACAAAACUGAAGACAGCACUAUGGAAUAACAUCUGGAACAUGUAUGGAAUUAUGUGGUAAACAAAAAAGCGUUAAAAAUGUUUAGUAUUUUAGAUUCUUCAGCUUAUCCAGCGUUCCCUUGAUGACGCUUUGUACACUAUUGGCAUUCUCUUAACCAGCUUCAUGAGGGAGUCACCUGGAACGCUUUUCAAUUAACAGCUGUGUCUCAUCAAAAGUUAAUUAGUGGAUGAGUUUCUUGCCGGCUUAAUUAUUGUUUGAGAUCAAAUAAUCAAAUAGCCCUAUUCCAUCCACACUUGUAGUAAUCCAUACAGUGUUAUGUCAAGAACUGAACAACUCAGUGAAGAGAAACAGCAUCCAUCAUUACCGUUCUUUAAGACUGGAAGUGACUUUUAAUUAAUAAAAAUAAAGAAAAAAACCAUUGAAUUAAAUAGAAGGUGUGUCCAAACUUUUGACUGAUGCUGUAUAUGAUCACUGCUCAUGGACAGCUCACAGAAAAAUAUUUUUAAAGUAGUAAAUAUACUCUUUACUUUGUUGUUUGUUGUGCAAAAUAUCCUCAGACUAUAAUAAUAUACAGUAAUAUAAGGCGAUAUACACCACAAAGCGGUUUUAAAAGAUAACCAUUAAACUAAUAUUAUACUGUCUGAAAAGCACACUGAUGUGUGGAUUAGUGGAAUAGGUGUUAGUUAUUUUUCCAUUGAUGAUUUGUUAGUAAAACGCUGUUAAAUUUGUGACUUUAGAGCCCAAGCAGUACAAGAGAUGGAUAAAAUGAGUCAUGGUUUUUAUUUUAAGGCACAAUCCAGUUGAUUUUGGUCAUUGAUCGAGGUGAUGUAUGACUAGCUUGAAGUCAUUACUACGGUAGUUACAGCAGACCUUACAGUAGGUGUCUGAUGCAGCUGAAAUUCUACACCCUGCUAGUUUCUACUCAGUGUAUGGUUUUGGACUGACUUGUAGUCAAGCUUGCGUUCUGCUGGUGCAACAGUUGAGAAUUGAGCCCAUGAAUAAUAAUAAUGUAUUAUUAUUAUUAUUAUUAUUAUUUCAGUUUAUUAUUAUUAUUAUUAUUAUUAUUGAUCUGUCAUUAUUUGCAUGACUCUGUAAACAUGAGCUGACAAAAUGACAACCAUAAUGUCACAGUGAAUGUAAAUCAACCACAAAGCAAGAACUAAGAAUAUGAAUGCAGAUCAGAAGCUCAUGUAUAUUUUGUACAGUGGAGAGAAAAUAUUGAAAUGAGGUUCGAUUCCUGGCCACAAUAUGUUGAUUGCUUUGUAUGAUACCUUGUCAGUGUUGUCACUUCUUGUAAGCAGCUUGGACAUUAUCAUUUUAUAUCAUUCUCUCUCUCUCUCUCUCUCUCUCUCUCUCUCUCUCUCUCUCUCACAGUGUCAUCCAUUGUGUCCUUUUCCAUGCCAUUUGCUGUGUCAUUCUUGCUGUCAUUUUAAUGACACUAUACCUGUUGUCUCAUCAUGCUGUUCUUCCUGUCGUGUUGAAAUUGACAAGCCUGUAUAAACGUCUUGGCUUGACUGGUCGCAGAACGGCUUCACAGGGACAGAUGCUUAUUGAUUUCCCUGUAAACUGGUUUGAGUGUUCUCAAAAGUCGAGUUAAGUCAUGUGUUGGUGUUGUUCGGAGAUGUUUUCAUGGAUGAAGGAAAUAAGCGCACAGCUUUUAAUUUGUUCAGAGUACUUAUUUACUCGUGCUUUAUAUACAGUGUGUGUGUAUAUGUAUAUACCAUCCAUCAACAAAGCAGACGAGAGGAUAAAUGACACAAAUAAAGAACAGGAUUAAUGUAACAGGCAGAUGAAAGGACAUCAAGGCAACAGUAUGACAAAGCCAGACACACUCUAAAAAAUAAAGGUGCUUCAGUGGUUCUUCAAAUCUCUGGAUGGUUCCAUAGAGAGUCAAAACUCUGUGAUGAACCAUUACAUUAUGCGAAAGGUUCUUCACAUUGGAAAUGGUUCUUCAGAGCCUGGCAUUCUCUUACCAUUUGCUGGUCAGUGCACAUAGGCUAUGUUUACACAAAUCUGUCUUCACUGCUCAAACAAAUGGUUUAAAUGGUUCUUUAAAGAACUGUUGCAUGAACGGUUCUUUGAAGCCCUGAAAAAGGUUCUUCUAUGGCAUCGCCCUGAAGAACCGGUACUGGCACCAUUAUUUUUUAGAGUGCACACAGUCCUGUGCAAAAGUCUUGGGCCCCCUAUAUUUUUUUUCAUACAAACUUUGUUAUAGAUUUCUGUUUUAUGACUUUACAUUAUCGAGUCAGUACAAAAACAUUUUAGAGUCCAAACGUUCGUUUUCCAGCACAAAAUUAAAUGUUACAGAAAACAAAUGUUUGUAUCUGAGCAGCAUAUUCCAUAAGAGAGCACUUUUCAGAUGAAAAAAGAAAGCAUAAUGAAGGCUGCUGGGUUUUGGUGUAAAAUGAAGAAGUGAGUGUGACAGUCAAAGUGUCCAGAAGAACUGUGGCUGGUUCUGUAAGAUGCUCAAGAAAACCUACAGAUCAUUUCCACAUAAAACUGACCUCACUGGACCUGAGACGGAUUUAUUUUAAAGCAAAUAUUGACUUUGUUUCAUUUAUUAUGGCUUACUGAUUACUGUUUAUAGUAUUUUUUUAACGUUAACAUUUCAUGUCAUUAUUUUUAAGUCAUUUGUGGUCGACAGCAUUUCUUUUCAUGUGCCUCAGACUUUUGCACUGAACUGUACAUCCAGGACAAAUCAGUAGCCUGAGAGUCCAAGCAGGUUUACUGUGAGGACGAUAGUUGUCUCCUCCAGAAUAUUUUUAACCCAGUUACUGUUAAAACUAAAGUAUGUGAGUGAUUGACUGACUGGGUGAGCACACUGGAGCUUCUCCUUGCUAAUAAGUGUAUAAUUUGUCCACCCCUGCACAUCAGUAUUGUAUAAUGCAUUCAACAUGUUCUUGGUAGUAAUGGGACCUCGGACUUUUCUGAGAGAGGAAGGUGCUAAUGUGAUCACAAAGCCUUUCGGUAACGAUGAGUCGAACAAAAGUUGUCCUGUGUGUGAAAGACAACCUUAAAAUGAAUAAAUCACUCAAGAUUACACAUUAAGCACAUGAUCUGUUCGAAGCUGAGCGAGGAUUUCAACAUAACCACAUGCUAGUUCAAAUGUGUUCCUCUGUAAAAAAAGAAAAAAAGAUGCUUUUAGCAUGUGAAAGAAACUUUUAUCCAAUACAAGAAAUCAAGCAAAAUCUCAUCCCAUGCACGUAAACAGAUAAACUGUGAUUUGUCACCCGCAUCAGACGUCUGUGCUUUGGCUGAUCGCUUCAUGUUGUCGUUUUCCUCGGUGUCAAACCAAUGAAGCCGAGCCUUUUCUGAGAAGCCAAAAAAAAAGUGCAUGUAUAAGUGAAUCGGCUACCUCUGAGGGCUCGUGUCAUGAAAGCACUUUAUUACUGCUGAAGUUGUAUCUUUGAGCUGUACAUCAUUUUCAUUUUGUUUGUUCAGUUGAUUUCACAGAGCCUCGUCACCAGCACAAGACUGAUUUGAGUGUACUGUUCACUCAGUGCUGCUGUUUUACCUGCUUGUUUUGUCUCGGCAGCAUGAGGCCUCUGUGUACAGAGAGAAACAAUGUGGUGUUGUUAAAACAUCUGGGCGAGUGUGUGUGUGUGUGUGUGUGUGUGUGUAGGCUGUUUGAUGUUGCGAGUGUACAUGUACACCUUAAAAAGAGACCGAGAGAACCAUAACAACAGAGCAUCUGGCUUUUCCCGCAGGUCACAAUGCUGAUGACAAUGAUGCUUUGUUGUUUUUCUGUUUGUUUUGUUUUUUACUUCUUGUGUGGCUUCACAUUUCUGUAUUAAAAAAAAAAAUGCGACAUGUCAGACUUUGUAAUGUGAUG